GGCGUCUCCUCGUGUAUAGGUGAACUUGCGAUGAGAUAUUUCCCACCCUUUUCUCUCGCCUCCGAUUCCGUCCCCCUUGCUUCCCGGUGCCGUUCACUCCAUCGCCGCUGCUCCGUCACGAGGUGGGUGGCUAUCCGUUGCCGCCUCUUCUGGUGAGUCGGUCUUUUCCAGUCAAGAACAUGCAAUUGGUGUCAGCUGUUGUUUUCUAUGACUCCAUCUCAGGAUGAUUCUUUCCCUUGGUUGGGGUGUUGUUCUGAGGUUGUUCAGCGAUAUGCUUUCUGUUUUCUGCUUCUCUUUUCUCAGUUGGUGUGAGUUUGGUUGUGGCGUUAGUGAUCUAAGGUAUGAAGUUGUAGUUUUACUGUUCUGUUCUUGUUCUCUGGUUGUGUUCUCUGUUGUUCUUGUCUUUGAUGGGAGAAAAGGACUACUUCUGGAACGAGAACAAAAGGCUUCUUUUCUGAUCAGGUUGUUUCUUAGUUCAAGAUGCGAGUUUUAAGGUUAAAUGAGAGUUUUAAGAAUUUUGAUGAUAUGGAUAUGUAGAAACAUAGAACAGGCAGAGGAGAAGAGAAAGAUAAAUUAGAAAGUUUGUAAGGGAAAGUAAUAUUCCAUCCCGUCUCCUCUUUCCUUCCAAAGCAUUGCUGACAAAGAACACACCACAAUACUCGGAUUGUCGUAUAUCUUUUCACUGGAUAGGAUGAUCGUUUGAGCCUAUCAGCACAGAUUUUGCAUUUUAAGGAAGGCAUUUAGUGAUUCAUAUGCAGCCGAGAGGAGUCAUAAAGUUCAUUUAAGAGAAAGACUUGGUUUUGUUGUAUAUCUGUAGGGAUGCAAGGCAUGAACAUAAACACUGUCAGAGGCAAUAAAAUCUCUCUUGCUCUUAUUAUUCUCAUAUGUACAACUCUUGUAAUCUGGGCAUGCAAUAAAGUUGCAAUACUUGGUAUUCCUCAUGGACAGCUUGAUAUUCUUUCUCCUGUGGUUCCUCUCAGGCGUUCCAUGAACUCAACGGAUGGUCCAAAUCAGCACCAAUCUGCAGAUGAAGACUUAUCUGUUGUAGAAAAGGUGGAAAUUAACCCAUCUAAAGAAACAAAACCUAUUCUUAGUCUUUCACCAAUUGGUUCUCCGGCAAGAAACUUAUCUAGAGAGGGAGGAUUGGAUACUGAACGUAAAACGAUACCUUUGAUGAAUGUCUGUAAUUAUGCAAAGGGGAAGUGGGUUGCAGACAACAGGAGACCUUUAUAUUCUGGUCAUGGAUGCAAGCAAUGGCUGUCACCCAUGUGGGCAUGCAGGUUGAUGAAACGUACUGAUUUCUCCUAUGAGAGUUUUCGAUGGCAACCACAAGGUUGUGAGAUGCCCGAAUUUUCUGGAAGCAAAUUCCUAAAAAGAAUGCAGAACAGAACAAUUGCUCUGGUAGGGGAUUCUUUGGGAAGACAACAAUUUCAAUCGCUGAUGUGCAUGAUCACUGGUGGGAGAAAAAAUCCCAGAGUAAAAGAUGUCGGAAAGGAGUAUGGAUUUACUAAAGCGCGCAACGCCAUCAGACCCAGUGGUUGGGCUUAUCGGUUUCCAGAAACCAAUACCACUAUUUUGUAUCACUGGUCUGCAAGUUUAUGUGAAUUGGAGCCUCUGAAUGUUUCAGAUCCAGCUACCAAUUACGCUAUGCAUCUUGACCGACCUGCAAAUUUUUUGAGGAAGUAUCUUCAUCGGUUUGAUGUGCUCGUACUCAACACCGGACACCACUGGAACAGAGAGAAGUUUAGAGCUAAUGGAUGGGAGAUGUACGUUGAUGGAAAGAAAAAUACUAAAGCAAAGCUUGCAGCGAUGGGAGAUGCGAAAAAUCUGACCAUCCACAAUGUUAUCAAGUGGCUCGAUUCACGACUUCCACAUCUUCCACAUCUAAAGGCUUUUCUAAGGGCAUCAUCUCCCAGGCAUUUUGUCAAUGGAGAAUGGAAUUCCGGGGGAAGCUGCGAUAACACUGUUCCAUUGUCUGUGGGGAGUGAGGUUUCACAGGAUGGUUCCGGUGACCCUGUUGCUGAGGCCGCAGUGAGAGGAACAGAAGUAAAACUUUUGGACAUCACUGCAUUGUCACUGUUGAGAGACGAGGGACACAUAUCCAGGUACGGUAUAAAAGCCUCGCAAGGUAGGCAUGAUUGCUUGCACUGGUGCCUUCCAGGUGUUCCUGAUACGUGGAAUGAAAUACUUUAUUCACAGAUAUAGGCUGAUGUUUCUCAACCCAAUUGUAGCUGUAGGUAACCCAUGAUAACAUGCAUCAUUAGGCAGGAAGGCUGUAAUUUCAUGACCUAUGUUAUGGAAGCUUGUUUUUUCUUUCAUUAUAUUUUAUUUUUGUAGAGA